GUCUGCUCUUACCACAUUAGUGAAUGAUCGCCCACGAACCUGGCACCAAUUUGUUCCUGAGUUACGGCUGCAGAUCAAUUCGGCUAUUCACCGGACGACUGGAGAGCAACCCCUGUAUAUGCUAACAGGCCGCCAUGCUAACUUCCAGAUUGGUCUCACCAAUGAAGCCGUGUUUGAUGAAAACAUAAAUUUGCAAGCACGUUUACAAGAGGCCCGUCAAGCAGCUGUGAAAGCCUCAAAGGAAGCACGUCAAGUCUAUGGAAAGCAGUACGACAAAGGAAAGAAGGUGGAAUUCCAGCCGACUGAAGGUGCAUUGGUGUGGUACUUUGAGCACAGGCACAAGAUGGGCAGUCUACCUCCUCUCACCAGGAAAUGGAGAGGUCCUGCCAGGAUUACGAGACGACUAGGUCCAGUUGCUUUUGAGAUUGAAGACCUCGAAACAGAAGUCCAGUUAAAAGCCCACCUGAAUCACCUGAAGGCUUAUCAUCCACCGGCAGAACUGUCAUAUGGCACGAGUGACAGUGAUGGAGAAGAGGAUGAUGAUAGAGAUGAUCCGAACCCGCCAAACCCAGACGCAAACGACCCUUGGGUUGCUGUGCUGACCUCUCUGGUGAUGGAGCCAGGGUUUGAUGCCGAUAGGCGUGACUGCCGAGACACGCGACCCUCAAGAAACCUGCACCCAGAUGAGCAGAUGAUGCAGCACUAACUCCUUUUUGUAUUGUUUGUAUUGUCUGUUUAUGAUUUAAUGUGCAAGACACGUUCAGCUGUCUGCACUAUGUUAGUCUAUUGAGGCAAGUAACGGGGCUCAGGCCAACCUUUCUUCUGUUUCAGGUUGUCUCCGCUUUCUGCUUCGACCCAUGGUUAUGGGAGGAUUGUGGAGGUUCUUCAAACCUCGCCUCAGAGAGACACAGCAGAAUCCAGAUGGGGUGUCCAGAUCUCCUUUUUAUUUUCAUUAGCGUUUUACCCCUGCUCACUUUUAGUUAAG